AUGGGGAAGAAGGUGGAUGCUGGUGGUGAGAAGAAUGGGAACCGUCAAAAGGCUAUUGAAGGUGAAGGAAAGGCGGUCGUUCAUGAUGAAAAGACUACUGAAGGAAAAACGCGUUCCAACAAGAAGCGUUUCCAUCGUCGCUACUAUCGUCAUCCAGUUGCAGACAAAUCCAAGAGCGCCACUAAUACCACCACCAAGGGAGAGGAUGAGAAGAAGGAGGUUGUCGGUGACGCAAAGAAAGAUGAAGGGGGGCAAGGAACGAAGGAGGAGCCAUCAACUGUUAAUACGACGUCCACUGCUACUUCUCCUCAGAAAUGA